AUGUCGGACAAAAAGAACGAGGAUUACGAGCUUCGCAGCUCAGAGUCGUUCGGUGAGAAAGAUGGCUUCCUGUCUCGACCUCCCCCAAGACCGAGGCCUGCGCUUGCUUCGCCAAUCAACAAGAUCGACAACAGCCCCGGCAUCGCCAUUCUCGCCUACUGCUUCUCUUCCAUCAGUAUGACGGUCGUCAACAAGUACGUCGUCUCGGGUCAGUUCUGGAAUCUGAACUUCUUAUACCUCGCCGUCCAGUCCAUCGUUUGUAUCCUUACCAUCAUCGUUUGCAAGAACCUUGGAAUGAUUACGAACCUGGCGCCCUUCGACACCGACAAGGCAAAGAAAUGGUUCCCCAUCGCAUUGCUCCUCGUUGGCAUGAUUUAUACCGGCACAAAGGCCCUACAGUUCCUCUCCGUGCCAGUCUACACCAUUUUCAAGAACCUUACCAUCAUUGUCAUCGCCUAUGGCGAAGUCCUGUGGUUCGGCGGCAGCGUUAGCCCCCUUGCCCUACUCUCUUUCGGCUUGAUGGUUCUCAGUUCGGUUGUGGCUGCAUGGGCCGACGUGGCGCAUGCGCUAGGUGGUGGCUCACAAACGGCCGAGGCUUCGGCCGCCGUUUCUACUUUGAACGCUGGGUAUGCUUGGAUGGGCAUGAACGUAUGCUGCACGGCGGCGUAUGUGCUGGGUAUGCGCAAGGUUAUCAAGAAGAUGAACUUCAAGGACUGGGACACUAUGUUCUACAACAACCUGUUGACCAUUCCCGUUCUCAUUGUCUGCACCCUUCUGACGGAGGACUGGUCGUCAGCCAACGUCCAAAAGAACUUCCCGGUUGAGACUCGUAACAGCCUCUUCAUCGGCAUGGUAUACUCAGGCCUGUGCGCCAUCUUCAUCUCGUACUGCUCGGCAUGGUGCAUCCGCGUCACGUCGUCGACGACAUACUCGGUGGUCGGUGCGCUCAACAAGCUUCCUAUCGCCAUAAGCGGUCUUGUUUUCUUCGACGCGCCAGUCACGUUUGGCAGUGUAUCGGCUAUUGUCAUCGGAUUCGUCAGCGGUAUCGUGUAUGCGUGGGCAAGGAUUCGACAGACGGAGGCUUCCAAGAUGUCUUUGCCGACAACACAGCCCAUGAGCGCGAGCGCCCAGAGCAACAGGGAUGCCAACAAAUAG